AGCUUGAGAUCUCGAUCAACUUGGGUUGGUGAUAUAGACCAUAUAUAUUCCUAAUUGCUUAAUAACAUGCAUAUGGAUUUGUUGGCUUCAUAUAAUAUAAUAUACUAUAUUAAUAUAAGACAGGUAUUUUGUAUCAUUCACCACUACGGGAUGUGUGUGUAUAUAUAUAAAUUCCCAUUGUGGAGUCACAGCUGAAACGGCACGCACGUUUCUGGCCUUUCUCUAUAUUUGAACAUCAUUUGAAUAUCAAAGGUAAUACUUGCAUAAAUAAAUUGAUUGUUUUUGCUCAUAUAUAUUUGUCUCUGUCUCUCUAUGUGUGCGCUUUUACGUAUGAUUGAAAGAAGCUAAAUUCUUGUUUUUGUCAAAGAGCGUUUUUUCUGUUUUUCUUUUUUAAAAAAACAUACUAUAUGAUUGCUUCUGUUGAUUUGGACCCGAAAAGAAAGUCUUCGGCUUUUCGAUGGCUUCAAGAAAAGAAUCAGCAGCUGUAAUUGAAGUACAUAAAUGGUGGAAAUAUACUGAGUUUGAUUUAAUUCUGCUUUUGGUCUGGAAAUUUUGCGCGAAGAUGGAUACUGAUUUUCACAACGGAAGAAUAGUUAAAAGGAGAACAAUGGAGGCACAAGGUGGUGCAGAAGUGAGGCGACUUCACAUCCUAUACUUUUUAAGUCGAAAGGGUCGGAACGAACAUCCUCAUCUCAUUCGAAUCCAUCAUCUCUCCAAUAAUGGUGUUCGAUUGAGAGACAUCAAGAGAUGGUUGGGAGAAUUGCGAGGAAAAGACAUGCCAGAAUCAUUUGCUUGGUCUUACAAGAGGACAUACAAGACAGGCUAUGUAUGGCAAGACAUACUAGAUGAUGACCUACUUACUCCAAUCUCUGACAACGAAUAUGUCCUCAAAGGUUCUGAGAUUUCCUCCACUAAUCACAACAUAGAUUUGUCAGCUCACAAGGAGCAAACAAGAGCUCAAGAAUCAGCAAACCAUAGUGAAAGAGCAUCAUCCAACAUCCAUUCAUCAGACAGCUUCAAUGAUGUCUCAUCAAAAACACCAAGCUUUGGAUCAGAAACAUCCUCUUCAACAGAUGAUUCACUACGAAAACACACAAUAGACGAGACGAGUUCAGACAGAUCUAACCAGGAGUCCGUGUCGAACGAGAAGAAGAGGAAGACUAACAAGCUUGAGAUCAUCAACGCCAAGAGUAGUGUCAGUAAAACAGCUGAUAAACCACCCCAUCACAGAAAGACCACCCAUUCUAGUGGUAUGUUCCGGAGUUUCAUAAGCUGUGGUGGCGUAGAUACAAAUGACUCGGUUGUGCUGAUGGCAAGCAAGCGGUAUAAGCCAUUCUUGAAGACGUGCUCGGGCAACUCAGCAGAUGGGGUAAGGGACCCUGCACGGGAGAAGGGAGGAAGCAGAGUGCCUCGUGCUGCUUGGCCACUCUAUGGACCUAACUGCUCGCAAUGUGGGAAGACAUUUAAACCAGAGAAACUGCAUUCUCAUAUGAACUCCUGCAAGGGGAUGAAAGCCUUGACCAAGGCUUCUUCUGCUACUGAGAAUAUAUCCAGAAAAGAGGACUCGGUUUCUCAAUAUUUACUUGCUCAAAAUUGUUAGAACCGCUUCACUACAAUGUUCAUUCUUCUAGGAAUCAUUUGUGCUCAACACAACUUUCAAGACUGGCAAAGUUUCCUUUA